ACACCAACCGUAGACCGCGAUCCAACCCAGGCGGACUCUUCGAGAAAAUCAAUAAUAUUGUCUCGGCAUGCGAUGCGACUUCUUUGGCUUAGUAUAACCUAACCAGGAGAGAGAGAGAGAGAGAGAGAGAGAGCCGGCGCCGUGCCGAUCGAUCGAUUCGCUGUCGUUUUCUGCCCAUGGCGUGUUCUUCGAGCUUGGUGAAGCUAGCGUCCUCGCAGUGGAUCGGCGGUGGCGGACAACAGUCCCUCAAUCAACGACCUGCUGGAUCGUCCCUUCGCCUCUCCAGCCGCGGUGCCUCCGUCGUCGUCCGAGCCGGAUCCUACACCGACGAGCUCGUCAAAACCGCCAAAUCUAUUGCAUCUCCUGGUCAUGGCAUUCUUGCUAUCGAUGAAUCAAAUGCCACCUGUGGGAAGAGAUUAGCAUCUAUUGGCCUCGACAAUACGGAAGCCAAUCGACAAGCUUAUAGACAGCUUUUGCUGACUACUCCUGGCCUAGGUGAAUAUAUUUCUGGUGCAAUUCUUUUCGAGGAGACACUUUACCAGUCAACAACAGACGGGAAGAAGUUUGUGGAUUGUUUGGGUGAUGAGAAUAUUGUACCUGGCAUCAAAGUUGACAAGGGUCUGGUUCCCCUUCCAGGAUCCAACAAUGAAUCGUGGUGCCAGGGAUUAGAUGGAUUGGCUUCUAGAUCUGCUGAAUACUACAAGCAAGGUGCUCGUUUUGCAAAAUGGCGAACAAUCAUCAGCAUUCCUUGCGGUCCUUCAGCUUUGGCAGUGAAAGAAGCUGCUUGGGGUCUUGCACGUUAUGCAGCCAUUUCUCAGGACAAUGGUCUCGUGCCUAUUGUUGAACCUGAGAUUCUUCUUGAUGGGGAUCACCCUAUUGAGAGGACACUUGAGGUGGCGGAGCGUGUUUGGUCCGAAGUCUUCUACUAUUUGGCAGAGAACAAUGUGAUAUUCGAAGGAAUUCUCCUUAAGCCUAGCAUGGUAACCCCAGGGGCUGAGCACAAAGACAAGGCCUCUCCAGAAACCAUUGCCAAAUACACACUCACUAUGCUUAAGAGGAGAGUGCCUCCUGCAGUUCCAGGAAUCAUGUUCUUGUCAGGAGGACAAUCGGAAGUGGAAGCAACACUGAACCUGAACGCGAUGAAUCAAAGUCCUAACCCAUGGCACGUUUCGUUCUCUUAUGCGCGGGCUUUGCAGAACACCGUGCUUAAGACCUGGAAAGGACACCCCGAGAAUGUGGAAGCUGCUCAGAAGGCACUUUUGGCGCGUGCGAAAGCAAAUUCCUUAGCUCAACUUGGAAAGUACUCUGCCGAGGGUGAGGCUGAGGAGGCUAAGAAGGGAAUGUUCGUUAAGGGCUACACUUAUUAAUCUCGUCUCUUAAAGCUGUUGGCCUCUACUUGUCUUCUUAGUCCGAUUUUUAUCUUUUUUCUCUAUACCCCCUUUUGUUAACUAUAAAUGCCAGGGACACCUACUGGAUGAAGCUCACUUUGUUUCCUUUAUCAUCGGGUCCUUUGAAUAAUGACUAGGAAUGGAAGAUUAUAUCAAACUACAACCCAGUAGAAAGGGUUGGAGAGAGUGAAGAUGCAUGUACCGUUAUGUUUAUUAAACAACCUCCGGAUCUUGUUAUAAAUGCAGUCUCCUGUAACAUGGAGAAUAUGUUGUGAUC